UCAGUGUAUGAAUAACAUCUGUAAAAGAUACGAGAUUUAAAUGCACGACGCUUGAAUGUGUUUGUCAGAUGGUAAAGAAUUGAUGCUGGAUGUGCGUUAUAAAUGCUGGUGUUUAGCUGGUUAUGUGAAUCGAAGUCAUAAUGAUUAAAGUGUGAAGUCCCAAUUCCUUUAGUAUGGAUUCAUCCUUCGUUUCAUUUAGCCCCAAAAGAAAACUAAAGAAACACGUGCAUAGCAAGAUUACCAAAUUGUCACUGAGACACGCUAAUAGAGGCCAGGAUAAGAAAGCCAAUGCCUUACGUAAAAAUAAGUCCCCUCAGAGAUAUGAUCGUCCACAACAGACGCCUCCUUUUACCAGGACUAGUAAUUUGUCGACAGAUGAUAUUCACCGUAAACAUUUUGGUAAAACAUAUUUGGACGCAGAGGAUAACAUUUCUCUCAAAGAAACUAAAAUAGAAGUCGCCAAGACAAGCUUGCUGAAUGAGGAAGACCACACUCUUCCCUUUGACCCAUCUAGGAGGGGUAGUGCGUCUCAGUUUACCUGCAGUGUCAAAGUAGAUAACAAGACUAGAAUCAGCGAAGACGUAGAAAGCCCUAAGGUAAAGAUUGAAGUGAGGACGCCAGCCAGUGUUUCCAGAUGCAAUAGUACUAUAGUGAUAUCUGAGACUAGCUCUGACGAGUCCAAUUCAGUUGCAGCGGGAAUGCCUAAGAAAACUUCUACUCAGAAUGUAAACAUUGUUAUCAGUGAGUCUGAUAGUGAAUCUGAAAGUUCUUCCGAAAGUGCAAACUCUCUCAAGAAAAGUGUCUUAUCUCGUAAUGCAACCAGUACAGUAUUAUGUUCCAAUGAUUCAUCUGAUAAACAAUCUGAAAUUGAAAAAUGGUUGCAGAACGUUUCUCCCAAAUGCAAGAAUAAUUUUCUUGGAUCCCAGGAAGAACAUGUGAUAUUCCCCAGGAAUGAAGUUAAUGAUCCACAAAAGAGCUGGAGAUCUCCAACACACAAUCAAUCUUCUAGUGAAAGUGAAGACAACUUUGAGGAAUUUAUAAAGAGCAUCAAGAAGAAAAAUAAACUCCUUCAGCAGAAACUGGAUACACCAGACAGUCUGAGAAAUUUCUUAACAGAUGGAAGUGCAGAGAACAGCCCAGCAUUUUAUUUGUCACUUACAAAUAAAUUGCAGACAGAGGAGAAGAAGAAAAUUGUUGCAGAAAGGACUAAGAAAAUUUAUGCAGAAUCCAAGGAAAUACAUCCUGUAGUACUUAGAUUUGCUGAAAGUGAAGCAGAAGCUUCAGAUGAGGAAACAAAGGGACCUGGUGCAGAACAGAAAGGAAAUGAAAGUACAAAGGUGGACUCUAGUCCAGAUGUGGAGACUGUAUCAUCAGACACAGCAUCACAGGACACUGAAGAUGAUUCUGACAUUCCCUCAAUCAUACCAUCUACUAACGAUAGGGCUGAGAGACCUUAUCAAAAACAGCCACAAAAAGUUUCUAGUUGCAGAAAACCAAAAAAUAUUCAAGAGAAGAGAGAGACUGUUAGUCGGUCCCCUGUCUUCAGUUUUUUAGCAUCUCUUUCUCAUAAUGUGCCAGAGCAACAGUCACAUUCAGAUGCAAUUAUGUACAAGAGAGAGUUUAAAAAAAGGAAAGAAGAUUUGUGUUCAAAACUUUUUUGUUUCUAUAAUUCAGAGGUCUUCAAAAGACAGCUUCCGUCAGAUAUGUCCAUAACAUGGAACUCUCGACUUAUGAAAACUGCUGGUCUGUGCUAUAACAAAUAUAGUGCUAAUAAGCGAACGUCGAGGAUUGAGUUAUCAGUAAAGGUUUGUGAUUCAGCAGACAGACUCCGUGAUACUCUAAUCCAUGAGCUGUGCCACUCUGCAUCGUGGAUUAUAGAUGGUGUGAAGAGCGGCCAUGGACGUCACUGGAAGAGAUGGGCUAACACGGCAAUGAAGUGUUUCCCAGAUAUUCCACCUAUACGACGCUGUCAUGAUUAUAAAAUAACGACCAAGUUUAUAUACAAGUGUGUGCAGUGUGGCUAUAGCAUUGGCCGACAUUCAAAAUCUUUGGACUUGGAAAGAAAAAGAUGUGGAUAUUGCCUUGGCAAGUUUGAAUUGUUCAUUAACAAGCCUACGAGUACAAGGGAUACAAAGACACCUGCACAACUACAAACACCGAGGACUCCUUCAGCUUUUGCAGUUUUUGUGAAAGAAAAUUAUGGUUCUGUUAAAAAAGAAAGAUCUGAUUUGAAACAUGGUGAAGUAAUGAAGUUACUAGGACAGAAAUUUGCAGCUGUAAAGGUUUCUACAUGUGUAAACAAUGUUUAAGAACUGGUUUCAUAUUGGCAUGGAUGCUCAUAAGGGUAGAAGAGCCGAUUUACCUUCACACAUUGGGAAUAUUCAAAUAUCACAGGUUUACCUUCCCCUGGGAGAAUUAAAUGCUAUUUUGAGUGUUAUCAAAGACAAAAUUACAAUGGUGAUGAAAAAUAUUGGGUGCAAUAUAAGCAAUAGAAUGGGUGGUUAUAUCUGUUCUCCAGAUAGCAAAAGUUUUAUGCAACACAGAGGCCUGUAAACAAGUAAGCUUAUUACUUCUACAAACUUAGCUUACAAAUAAACUUUCAUCUUCCUCCAAUAAGCAGCUUCCUCACUUUCCCCUCUCACCUUUGCAAAAAAAAUGCACAUAGGUAAGGAGAGGGAGUUUAACUGAACUACCAUGUUAAAGUUCUUGUUUAACUGCCUGCAUGCUGCUGAAUAUCUCCACCAUAUAGUGACUGAUGCUUUACUCAUUCCUUUAUUAAUUAUGUAUGAUAGGUGCUCACACUUCUCAAAAAGACCACGACUUCAGUGGUGAGAUACCUCCUCAGUCUGUAGGAGAUCCUUACUGGUUUCCAUAUAACUUAUAUUUACAAAACAGCGAACUCAAUACUAACAGUUCAUCAAAAUAUAAAGACUAAUUUCAUUCAAAGACUGAUUUUUGUUACUAUUUAAUCUGUAUUUUGAGCAUGCUUUCUUUACCUUGUAUGUAUAAUAUACAUCAGGUUUUCCAAUGAAAGGUAUCAGAUGCCAGUUUUAAUUUUAUGCAGAGCUUGCCUCAGAACACUUACUUUAAUAAAACCAGUGCACAUAAACUUGCAUUUAAAAUUCAUGCAUUAAUUGGUAGUAGUAGUUGUUGGUAUUAAUAUGUAUGUUGAAAGAGAAAAUGGUUGGCUCUUCUUUUUUAAAUUUUACAAUGAGAUUUUUUUUCUCAGCUAUUGAUAGUUGGUUUCAGUGUGCACUGUCUACUGCAAUAUGCUUCACGUAUUCAAUUGAGUGUUCUCCUGUGUCUCAUUUUCAGCUACUUUGUCAUACUCUUUGUUUGCCACCUAUGUAUUUUUAUAGUAAGUGUUGGAUGUGUUUGCACUUCGUUUGUGUAAUGUACAUGAUAUGUUUGAGAUAAUGAAAUUUUUUAGAUGAAAAAAGUAUUUAAAUGAUUGAUAGUUACAGGCCUUGCUGCACUGUUAUACUAGUUUAGUACGCCCUAUUGAGGGGAAUCUAAUGUGUGUGUAAUAACAAUAGCAAUGAGUGCCAUUAUCAUCAACAAAAGGGUAUUAAUUGUGUAAGUAUAGUGCCUGUUGCACAGCUGGUUGUCAGUGAGUUCUCUGUGGAAUAGGAAAUGUAUGUUCUCUCAAAGUAAUGCUUCAUUGUAUAUAAUUUUUGUGUCAGAAUAAAACAGGCAUUAAUAUA